AUGGGUGUUAUGGGGAAACAGGAGCAAGUGCUGUUUGCGGCACUAGAGUCAUGGAAGGAGGUGCAGGAGUUGAGCCAGCUUUUGGUCCAACUGGUCGUUUCUGGCCUCUCCCAACACCCUCUCUUUGCCACCUUAGCCAUCAAGAAACUGUGUUCCCAUUCCCUCACUCUCCCACGCGCCACUUCCUUUUUCGACCAUCUCCACCAUCCCGAUGCGUUUCACUGCAACACCAUCAUCCGCGCCUACACUCGUAAGCCUGAUUUCCCUGCUGCUCUUAGCUUCUACUACCACAGAAUGCUCGCUCGUUCCGUCCUUCCCAACCAUUACACUUUCCCCCUCUUGAUCAAACUUUGUACCGACCUUGGGUCGCUCCGAGAUGGUUUAAAGGGUCAUGCACGGAUUAUUAAAUUCGGCUUCGGGUAUGAUUUGUUCGCUCGGAAUUCUCUGAUUCGGAUGUACUCUGUUUUCGGAAGAGUUACAUUUGCCCGCAUGCUGUUUAACGAAUGUUCUAGGUUGGAUUUGGUUAGUUAUAACUCCAUGGUUGAUGGAUAUGUGAAGAAUGGGGAAAUUGGUGCCGCUCGCCAGUUGUUUGAUGAAAUGCCUGAGAGGGAUGUUUUAAGUUGGAAUUGCAUGAUUGCGGGGUAUGGGGGAAUUGGGGAUUUGGGUACUGCUAAUGAGUUGUUUGAGACAAUGCCUGAGAGGGAUGUUGUUUCUUGGAAUUGCAUGAUUGAUGGGUGUGCCAAGGUUGGGAAUGUUUCUCUGGCUGUUGAGCUUUUCAAUCGGAUGCCUGCGUCUGUUAAGAAUGUGGUUUCCUGGAAUUCCAUGUUGGCGCUGCAUGCACGUGUGAAGAAUUAUGAUGAGUGCUUGAGGCUGUUUGGGAGAAUGAUGGAAGGAAGAGGGACAAUGCCGAAUGAGGCUACCUUAGUGAGUGUGCUCACGGCAUGUGCAAGUUUAGGGAGGCUUGGUAUGGGCAUGUGGGUUCAUUCUUUUAUCAGAAGUAACAACAUUAAGUCUGAUGUCUUGCUUUCAACGUGUCUGCUGACAAUGUAUGCAAAAUGCGGGGCUAUGGAUUUGGCCAGGGAUGUUUUUUAUGAGAUGCCGGUCAGAAGCGUUGUGUCAUGGAACUCUAUGAUCAUGGGCUAUGGAUUGCAUGGGAAUGGGGACAAAGCUCUCGAACUGUUCUUGGAGAUGGAGAAGGAAGGUAUGCAACCAAAUGAUGCCACUUUUAUCAGUGUGUUAUCUGCAUGUACGCAUGCCGGAAUGGUCAUGGAGGGUUGGUGGUACUUUGAUCUCAUGCGUCGAGUUUACAAAAUUGAGCCCAAGGUUGAACAUUAUGGUUGCAUGGUUGAUCUUCUGGCUAGAGCUGGUUUGGUGGAAAAUUCAGAGGAGCUGAUAAGGAAGGUGCCCUUGAAGGCUGGAUCUGCAAUAUGGGGAGCUCUACUGUCUGGUUGUACGAACCACUCUGACUCCGAGCUUGGAGAGAUUGUAGCUAAGAGACUUAUCGAGUUGGAGCCACAGGAUAUUGGCCCUUAUAUUUUGCUUUCAAAUAUGUAUGCUGCUCAAGGGAGAUGGAAUGACGUUGAACGUGUAAGAUUGAUGAUAAAAGAGAAGGGGUUACAGAAAGAAGCAGCAUCCAGCUUGGUUCAUCUCGAAGACUUAGAAUCUAAAUAUUAUUUUAAGAAUAAUUCAGGCUAUAGGAAAAGGAUAAUGUACUCGAUGUUGAGGAAUUAG